AUGGAUCGAACAAUAACCUUGACUCCAGAGCUUGCAUAUCGGGCAAUAUGCCCUUCGACAGCUUUCUGGGACCACGGAAAGUACUCCGGUGGAGAUGUAAUUGACGCCCAAUUGCCUUGGGAUCAUUCCCCUUUGAACCCGAAAAACAGAAUCGACAGUCUCACACCGGUCCGAACACCAAAAUGGAGAAUUGAUGGGUGUACUAGUCUUGGAACUCAAUUCUUUGCCGUCCCAAUUUCCAUCUCUCCCUUGCCUCCUCUGCGAGUAGACACUUUCCUUCCCGAUCCAGCUCAUUGGCCUGCACAGCUGCGGCUAGACUUGGAUUUCGAAAAGGCGUUUCUGUUUCGAGACUCGCGUACAGCAUACUUUGGCAUUUCGCAACACAUCCUCCGAGCUCUGGAGUUUUGGUCUGCUUCGAUCGCCGACUUCGAGACUGUUUACCGGGACUUGACGUUUGGAUCAAGGAUAAUGUUCGAAAACAUUGCCAAAGAUGUCCGGGACAUUCGUGUUCGGAUCAUACGUACGCACGACCUAGAACGUCAACUUCUUUCCCUCGCAGACCUGAAGCUAAAUCAACAAAUAACAUUGCCGGGAACUUUGGAUAUCUCCCAACUGACCCUUGUUCGACAAUUCCAAGACAGUGCUUCUUUGGUUCGGAUCUUGGGUUCGGAUGAUAUCAAGCAUCCUGUAGUGUUCAAGACUCUUUCAGAUACACCAAAAUAUCUUUAUCAUGAAUUAGGAACCUUGCUUUCCUUGCCCGAACACGCAAACGUCAUCUCCAAGCCAGAGCAUAUCAUCACUAAGCAAUGCAAGUUCGGAGGAAAAGUUGCUGUGGUAGGAUUUACAAUUCAAUAUCACCGACAAGGGUCCCUUCGGGACGUGCUAGCCCAUCGACGCCAUCUUGGAACACUUACCUGGGAACACCAGAUCAAAUGGGCCUGUCAAAUUGUCAUGGCAUUGAGGCACAUCAAGUCGCAAGGUCCAGGAUGGUACUGUGAUCUUCGCCUGGAUAAUGUCCUAUUGUCAAACGAAGAUGAUGUUGUUCUCAUCGACUUUGAGCAAAGAGGUGUACUCCCUGCCUUCGCAUCGCCAUUGGACAAUUACCUACAGUACGUCAAUGUUCUGGUGAACGAGCCAUUACUCCACCCCGCAGCGAGGAAGGAGUAUGCAGACCUUUAUGAUACGCAUAUCAGACCAUUUGUGCCGAAGAGAACAGACCAGCAUCGAGGUUGCGUGCCGUGGCUGUGUAUGAGUAAGUCUGAAAGGGAUGCCUCGGAGCUAUACAUCUUGGCUCGACUUCUCUGGUGUAUCUUCGAAGGUGUCUGUGCUCCGCAGAGAGAACUCUGGAUGGAGUAUAUGUACGAGCCUGAUAUUGAAUUCCCCGAGUUUCGUCGUACCCCCAAGGAGCUGAGAGAGCUGAUAUUGAUCUGUACACCAAGCUGGAAUAGGGUGGUAAAGACAUUGCAACGGAAGGCAUUCAAACUGAAUAUUCGAGGGUCAAGUGACGAUAUACAAAAACAUGAGAAAGAGGCCCUAGCUGCAAUAGUUGACAUGUGGCAUGGAGAAUUGCAUCGUGCCAAAGACUUCUUGAGUAAUAGACGGGCACGCUGUGAAGAUAUCAGUGGUGGAAAUGUGGGCUGUGGUAGCUUGAAGCUCGAUCGUAUCUUACAAAAGCUCCAACAACUGUAG